AUGGACGAUAAUAUGAUCAGUUCGAUCGACUCGAUCAAAUCGAUAGCCAACCAAUACCCACUCCAAUCAUCCGCCUUAAUACAAGCUUAUUCCGAUCUAAGCGCCGCACAGCAAUGGAUUGAUUUACGUAUUCAAACUUGUUCUUUGGAAUCAAAUUCAUCCAAGGUUGUUUUACUUAGAGGAAAACCUAAUCUAACUGAACCCGAAAGAUUAGUUUAUCCAAUUUCUUUAACCCAAUCCACCAAUUUCAAAACGUUAAAAAAUUUAUUUAAUCAGAUUGGUUUUUCAACUCAAAAGAUCUUACUAGCAAUUAUAUCAAAUGAUUCAUCAAUAGUUUAUUAUGAAUUAUCAAAUGGAAUCGUUUCACCUAAAGAAGUACCCGAAUAA